AUGGAGAAGCGCCGCCUCCGAUUGAAGCUCCUCUCCGUCGCCAAACCCCCUCCUUCCUCCGCCGCCGAGGCUCCUCUCCUCAACAAGCUCGGUGGCCGCCGCUGGGGGCCCUGCCAGAUCGCCGGAGCGGUUCUCUUUGGAGUCAAUUCGGCGAUCGGGUACUGCCUGAUGCUGGCGGUGAUGUCGUUCAAUGCGUUGAUGAGGCGGUCGCCGGAGUCGGCGUCGAUGAGGAAUGCGGUGGUGGAGAGGGCGGCGGAGGUCAGCAAAGACUUCAGUCGAGAUCCGUCGCCGGAACCCUCUUGCUUCUGCUCGAUUGGCGGUGGUGCGGUGUCGUUCUCCAUCGCGUCCAUGUUCUCGAAUAAGAACUACGACGAGAAGUACCUCCCGCCGCCGGUAUGA